GCCAUACGUCGUUAUUGUGAAUCAUCACGAACAAAACUUGUAAAUUUGCAUUUGUUUAGUAUUAGUAUUUACUGAAUUAGUUGGUGGUUGUUUUUGUUGAGUUGUCUUCCAUUGUCAGAAGAAAAUUCAAUAAACUUUUCGCUUUAGAAAGAGAAAAAGAAAGGAGCAAUGGGUUGCGAUGGUGGUACCAUUCCAAGGAGAGACGAGCUGGUUAAAGUUAAAAAGAAACCUGAACAGAAAGAUAAAGAAGCUGAAUUAGCUUAUCGUUGGAGGCAUUGCUCCAUUCGACAACUUCCACUCCAAGAACCUGUGGUAGCAUGUGGACUUGGUCAUUUAUACAGUAAAGAAUCGGUACUUGAAGGUUUACUGGAUCGCACUACAUUGCCUGAAUCAGCACAACAUAUCAGGAAUAUGAAAGAUAUUAAAAAUCUCAAUCUUACUCCUAAUCCUGCUUAUGAAGGUGAUUCAGCUAAAAAUGGUGGCUACGUUGAUGAUGGAAAGAGUCCAUACAUUUGUCCAGUAAUAGGUUUAGAAAUGAAUGGAAAAUACAAAUUUUGUUUCUUGUGGACUUGUGGAUGUGUCAUGAGUGAACGUGCUCUUAAAGAAAUUAAAUCUUACACCUGUCAUACUUGCCAACAACCUUACACUGACAAAGAUAUUGUUGUAUUGAAUGCUCAAGAUGAAGAUUUAAAAACCAUGGAAGAAAAUCUUAUUGCUCGUAAAGCGGAAAAAAAAUCCAAGAAAAGGGUAAAUGGAGCUGCAAGUUCAACUGAAGUUGCAAGUACUAGUACAUCCAGUGGAAUUAACAAAACAAUUAAGCAAGAAGUAAAAGAAAUAGCAAGUACAUCAAAUGGAAUAGAAGUACAAAACAAAAAAAUCAAAAUUGAUGGAAUAGACUCUGCUAGUUUUUCUAACGAAGUAGAUGCAGCUAAAAAGAUCAAGAAAGUAAAAGAAGAAAAACCUGUAAUUGGUAAGAGUAAACUGAAGAGGCCAGAAGAUCCAGCUUAUAAAAAGACCAAACAAGACUACAGUGUUGCUCAUGAUCCUAAAUCUUCAGAAGUUUACAAAAGUAUAUUUACUACUCAUAAAACUGCUGCCACACAAGAAAGAGCGCACUGGGUCACAUAUAAUCCAUUUUAUAAUUAGGGAAAUUAUUUAAUAGACCAAUUAGUAUAAAAAUAUACUAUUUAUUUGUAACUAUAACGUAGUAUUAACAAAUUUCUGAAAUUCGACAAUUUUCAAUUUAGUCAUCGAUUUUUAUAAUUUAAGACGAAUGACAAGAUAUUUGAAAUGGCGUACAACAGCACAGAAGAUUAAAUUGUUAUUUAAAUUAUUAUAUUAAUUUUUGAAAUACAGCUGCACUACAAUUGUUGUUUAAUGUAAUCAGUACAUUUUAAACAUGCAUUCAGUUCGGAAAAAUAAAAUUCUAUUUUUUUUAUAUACUUGUAAGUAAAGUUAUACAUAAAAAAUAUAUGUAAUAUCUCAUACUUAUCCUAAGGACAGUCAUGUAACGUGAGAAAACAAAUAUCACCAGUAUGAUUUAUUGCAAUCAUCAUUAAAAAAUAGCACAAAAAAUCAUACAUCAAAACAUUCCUUAGAGAAGUCAUAAAUUGUAGAUAGAAUAAUCUCUCUUUGAAAGAAGAAACGCAAAUCAAC